AGAGAGAGAGAGAGAGAGAGAGAGAGAGAGAGAGAGAGAGAGAGAGAGAAACACAGCAAGAAAGCAGAAAGAGAGAGAGGGGGGCGCUUGUGGCUAAGGAAAGCGAUUGGGCGAGUUUGCUUUUAGGCGGCGGUUAUCAUUCUCGGUAGCAGAAGAACUUGUAUCCUGUCGAUUUGAAACCCGCUGCGUCGCGGAAACCUGGCUAUUUGUAAGAUUGAGAGGAAGACGGUCUUAAGAACACUGGAAAGGUCUAUUUUUAAGGUGUUAAAUCUUGGAAAGAGCCCUGUGGAAAGUGAAGAAGCUGCAUGUGCAUUAUCUCACCUGCUUUGAAAAGGCUUAAAGGAGCACCAUGGAUUUUGUGAUGAAGCAAGCUUUAGGUGGGGCCACCAAAGACAUGGGGAAGAUGCUGGGUGGGGAGGAGGAGAAGGACCCCGAUGCUCAGAAGAAAGAGGAGGAGAGGCAGGAGGCACUGAGGCAGCAGGAGGAGGAGAGGAAGGACAAGCACGCCCGCAUGGAGGCAGAAAGGGAGAAAGUACGGCAGCAGAUCCGAGACAAGUAUGGCUUGAAGAAGAAGGAGGAGAAGGAGGCGGAGGAGAAGGCAGCGAUGGAGCAGGCGUGCGAGGGCUCGCUCACGCGCCCCAAGAAGGCAAUCCCUACAGGCUGCGGGGACGAAGAUGAGGAGGACGAGGAGAGCAUCCUGGACACCGUGCUCAAGUUCCUGCCCGGGCCGCUGCAGGACAUGUUUAAGAAAAAGAAAACAUGACCAGGUAAACGCUGAAAUGUACAACUGCUGGGUGCGAUGCAAUGUUGGGGUCUCUUGUUGGACACCAUCUUGGUGGCUUGCUGCAGCUUUUUUUCUGUUGAGCAAAAAGUCAUCAUUUCCUGUCAGAGAAAGUGACACUUUUCUAAUGAAUACCUUUUCAUGAGCUUUCUUAAUGAGUGUGGAACUUUCCGGUAACAUAUUAAAACUUGUCAGGAACCCACUGAGACAGAAUGUGUGAUUCUCGCUAACUUUCACAGUUAUCCUGAAGAGGCACUUGGGAAGAGUGUGUCUUACAGAAUGCCUUUGUGCCUUUCCUGUUUUUUCAUUGUGGGCAUUAACAGCUCACAGGGAGCAUGCCUAUCCUCUCACUUUGUAUGGCAAAUAAUAGGAGCAGCACCGAAAGAUUCAAAUGAAAGAACUAUGAAUUAUUAUUCUGUAUUACAUGGAAGUACUGUACUCUAUAGAAAUUGCUUUAGCGGUCUCCUUGUCAAAAGUGUCCUGGGAAACAUUAUAGAGAAAAGCAGUUCCGGAAUCAGAAUAUCAAUGUAGUUACAUUGCACUUAAAUAGCAGUGUCAGCCAGACUACAAAUAUAGUAGGACUUGCAACCAGGUUCUUAUGCCGUUUUAAGACUUCUAGUGAUGAGGGAACGCAUUACAACUAGAAGAAGGUAUACCUGGAGGUUAUUCUUACAGAAUUAUAGCCUUUUCUGGUCCAAAAACCCUAAUAAACAUUAUCUCUCUGCCUAAAGAAUCAGAUCUGGUCAGAGGACUUGGAUAAAACCACAACAUUGAGGAGCCAGAGUCUAGUCACAGGUCUUUGACUUGCUGGGUUGUUUUGCUUUGUAAAAUCUAAUUUUAAUUGUUUUGCUCUGUGGAACUUUUUUCAAUAGUUAUUAAAGCCAUAUCGUUUUAGAGUGCAAUACUAAAUCUAAGCAGACAAAAUGGGUAAAUAAAUAAAUAAAUAAAUAGUUGUUCCUUGUUUUUUUCGUUCUAUGUAAUAUAUAUAUAUAUAUAUAUAUAUAUAUAUAUAUAUAUAUAUAUAUAUAUAUAUGAAAUGUCUGACAGAAAUGUUCUUUCUAAAAGCCACAGUAAUGAUGUCUACAUGUGCGUACACGUGUGCUUGUAUAUGUGUGUGUCUCCGUGUCUGUCCGUGAUGUUAGCUGUCGUUUCAUCUUGUCCCUGUCAUAGGUGUCUCUCUCUAUCUGACCCAUGUGCUUGAUUCCAAUUGUUAGUCUCCAUAAGCAAGGAAGUCUGAAGGUUACACAAAGGGUAGUCACAAAAUGGGGUAUUCUUCAGCAGUUAGCAGUCAGUUAAGGGAUGGAUGUUCUUAACCUGUUAGGCUUUUGGGCAGUCAUUAAAAAGCAUGAAAUAAUGCUACUCAAAGUACCUUUGAAUAGUUAGUUACCUUACACUGUAUGUGUAUGGCUACACUUUUUAUUGCUGUAGUGUACAGUGUUGGUAAUAGUUGUGAGGGACAGGAAGAAAUAAAGCAGCAUUACUCAAAUAAUUUUCAGCUUGGCUUGGUUUCACUUAUCAGGGGUUGGGGGAUCGCAACUGUCUGAUCCACAGUCAUUCAGCAGAGAACCCUGAGAUCUUACAGUGUGGCUAAAAAAUCCUGGAAGAAUGAUACGGUGGAGGUUCCUUUGAGAAACUGAUAUUCAAAUCGCAUGUUGGAGCGCUUCCUAGGCACGUCUAGUAGGCUAGUAAAUAUAUUUCAUUAUAAAAUAAAAACAAUGAGAAAGUUGCAAAUAAUGUAGCACAAUAAGAAGAAAAAAACAACACUCAUUCAAAAUUAGAAACUUUUGGUAAUACUUUACAUUAAAUGUCUCUAAUUACUGUGUAAAAAAAAUCUUUACAUGUUAAGUACAUUGUAACUCUGCAUAAUAGCAGUGUAACUAUGUGUAAGUACACAUGUAUUUACUAAGUAACUACUAUGUAAAUGCACAGUAAUUGUAGACAAUUCAUGUAAAGAGUUAGCACAGUUUGUGUUUGUAAAUUGUCAGAGCUAACUGAACUCUUGUCAGAUCCCUGAGUCCAGUGUUUGUCUCUAAACAGUUGCUCGUCGGUAGGGUGGCAUGCAGCAGCAGUCAUUCUGCCACUUUAAUGUAUUAAACUUUUAACGGGACAAAAGGGCUGAACGAGCCACAGAGACACCUGGCUGGUAAAGCUUGGAGGUUUUUGGCUCAGAUGAAACUCAAUUCAACACAUUCUAACACAAUGUGGUCUACUUAGAAAGCAUUAUUAAUAUUGUUAGAAUUAUUAUUAUUAUGUAUAGAUAGAUCUAAGAUGUCUUUUUUCCCAGUUGAGAGGUAUAUAUAAAAAUAAUAUGCUUUUGAAAUAGACAGAAACUUGUUUUAUUAGCCCCUUCCAAAGGCAGCCCCUAACACAGAAUCGUGUUCCCCGAACACCAUGCUGGGGGCUCCACACUUCUGGAGUUUCACAGCAAAGUGACGACCAAGAUUAACCCUGUUUAACACAGGAGAUCUAAUAAGGUAAUAGUCCAAGGUGGGCUGCAGACUGUGCAGGCUGAAUUAUUGCUAUUAAGUUGUAAGCUAACAAGCAGAGCAGAGCAGAGCAGGGCAGGAUAGGGCAGGGCAGGGCAGGGCAGGAUAGGGCAGGGCAGGGCAGGGCAGGGCAGGAUAGAGCAGAGCAGAGCAGAGCAGGGCAGGAUAGAGCAGGGCAGGAUA